AUGCAAAAUCAACCAUCACGCUUUGAUUACAUGAAACAUGGAGCCAUGGUGGGAGGAGCUGUAGGCAUUUGUUUGGGAUCUCAAGGUUAUAUUUCAACUUUGGGACGAUAUAUGUUGACUUCAGCAGGUUCAUUUGCAUUAUUUAUGGGAGUAGGAUCAUUCAUUCGUUCUGAAGAACAACAUAAAAAUAUCAAAUGGAAACAAUAUUUGGAAAAAAACCAAAAAUAUUGUGCAAGAGGAUUUGCAAAUUUACCUGUUGAAGUAUUGGAGAAAAAUCGUUGGGAUAGAAAGAUUGUAGGAAUGUAG